CUUUUACUGCUCUGUUGUUAAUAAGAAGCACUUUCCAUUGCAAUUGCUCAUCCUUGAGCAUUUCUUCACUUCAAGCGACCAUGGACGAGGAAAGUCUUAAGAUAUCUUUAAUCCGUAACAAUGGCGACGAUGAGUUUGCAGGGGAUAGUCCGCCAAUUGAAGGAUGGAGAGGCCUGGUCCAGGCAAGCUGGAAAGAAUCAAAGAAAUUGUGGUACCUGGCAGGCCCUGCUAUUUUCACCUCCCUCUGUCAGUACUCAAUCAAUGCCAUCACACAGACCUUCACCGGUCAUAUUGGUGAUAUCGAGUUAGCCGCUUUUUCCAUUACGAACUCUGUAAUCGCUGGUCUCUCAUAUGGCGUCAUGCUAGGAAUGGGCAGCGCGUUGGAGACUCUGUGCGGGCAGGCAUUCGGAGCCAAACAACUUAAGAUGCUGGGAGUUUAUAUGCAGCGCUCUUCUGUUAUAUUACUUGUCACCGCCUGCCUUAUGAGCUCCAUUUAUGUAUGGUCGGAGCAGAUUCUAAAGCUUAUUGGUGAAGAAGAUGAGAUUGCAGAACUGGCAGGUAAAUUAUCACUCUGGGUGCUACCGCAGUUGUUUGCUUAUGCCAUGGUUUUUCCGCUGGCAAAGUUUUUGCAGGCGCAGAGUAAGGUAUUGGUGAUGGCGGUGAUUGCUGGUGGAGCAUUGAUUGUUCAUGUGAUCUUUAGCUGGUUGUUAAUCUUUAAGUGGGGAUGUGGACUUUGGGGAGCGGCUUUAAUGGUGGACAUCUCGUGGUGGAUGAUUGUCUUGGCGCAGAUGGCAUACAUUCUCAGCGGCACCUGCAAAGAGGCCUGGGGAGGCUUUACCUGGGCAGCUUUCCGCAACCUCGGAGCUUUCCUGCGCCUUUCACUAGCAUCGGGUGUAAUGUUGUGUUUGGAAUGUUGGUAUCUCAACCUUCUGAUACUUUUAGCGGGCUACCUUAGCAAUCCAAAAAUCGCAGUAGAUGCCAUUUCUAUAUGUAUGAAUCUGAUGGGGUGGGAGCUGAUGAUAUCUUUGGGAUUCAAUACUGCCAUCAGUGUAAGAGUUUCUAAUGAAUUGGGAGCUGGACAUCCAAGAGCUGCAAAAUUUGCAGUGUAUACUGUUCUUGCAACAAUGUUAAUGAUAGGGGCUAUUCUAAUGGUUGUGAUCUUCAUUACAAGGAAUGAAUUUGCAGUUGCAUUUACUAAUAGUGAAGAAGUUAUGAAAGCCGUUUCAAAGCUUGCACCUCUACUAGCUUUUACUAUGCUUUUGAAUAGCAUACAACCUGUUUUUGGAGGUGUGGCAGUGGGAGCAGGUUGGCAAGCUCUAGUGGCAUAUAUUAAUUUAGCAUCUUAUUACAUUUUUGGAGUUCCCCUUGGCUGCUUCUUGGGAUACUAUUUUGAUUUCGGAGUGAAGGGAAUUUGGGCUGGUAUGAUUUGUGGAACAACCCUACAGACAAUUAUUCUAUGCUUUGUUACAUUUAAAACUAAAUGGAAUCGAGAAUCUUCUCAAGCUAUAGAGAAGAUUAAAGCGUGGGCGGAGAGAACUUAAAGGUUUUAAGUUGUAACAAUGAAGAUUGCAACCUCUGGUUUCCACAGUACUAGUUGUUUGUAGGUUCUGAUUUUGUGAAUCACAUUGUUAUAGUGAGGAAUACAUUUUGCCAAUUGGAGGAUAUAGCUAAUGUUUAUCCAACCCUCUACUUUAAUUUUAUUCUUUAUUUGCUGAUUAUUUACAGUUGUCAUGUUAAUUAUGCUGUUACCUUUUUCUUUGAUUG